CUGAUUAUCUCAUGUUUAUAAGAAAUAAAACCUGGUUAGCUCCAUCUGCUCUCUCAGGAUUCAAGAGUUCUAUACCUGCAGCCCCUUCCCUUCACCCGUAAUCUCCAGAAAUGCAUCCACAUCUCCUUCAAACCAUCUCUUUACCUCUCACAGUAAUUACCAUCAUCAUUAUUGCGAUUCCAAUUUCUCUAUGUGAACCUGAUGAGCGAUAUCUAGGCUGCAGCAAAUCAUUUGAGUGUGGAAACAUUCAGAAUAUAACCUAUCCUUUCUGGGGAGUGAAUCGUCCUCAGUACUGUGGCUAUCCAGGAUUUCAUCUUGAUUGCAGUGGUGACGCCCCAGUGAUUAAAAUAUCGGAAGUGGCCUACCAAGUCCUAGAGAUCAAAAGCAUGUCUCGAGUUCAUCUCAUUUCAACAGAGUACACAGACAACAUUUGUUCUAUCCCCCCUGUCAACUCCACUUUUGAUUCCGACCGUUUCAGUUAUGCUUCAAAUACUAAGAAUAUAAUGCUGUACUAUGGAUGUCCAACGAUUCCAAGUCAAUUUUUACCAACUUUAGGGCUAUCCUAUCAGUUCAGUUGCAACAUAAGCAGAAAUGAUAUGGUAGGUUACUAUCUGACAAGGAACCUGAGCAUGUCAGCCACUGGUAGCUUUGCUGCUAACAUAAGCAUUUACCUGGAGUCAUGUAAUCACAGCGUUCUCAUUCCAGCAUAUGAAUCCGCUGUUCGAUCAAUAGAGAGCCAUCCAACUGCAGCAAAUUUGACAAAUGCUCUUCAUCAGGGCUUUUGGUUGCAGUGGACUGCAAAUGAUUCCUUGUGUAACAAAUGCAAAUUUUCUGGUGGGCAGUGUGGAUACAAUACCGAUACUAGUAAAUUCACUUGCUAUUGUCAAGACCAGCCUUAUGCAACUACUUGCAAGAAAGAGUCUUAUAGAUGGGAAUAUAAGCUUAUUGAAGUUGUAAUUUUGGCUAUGUACACGAUGAUAGCAGUCACUAUCAUUGUGCUAUGCUCUAGAAGAGGAUUAUCUAGAGGCCCGAUGACUAGCUUUUGGAGGCAGAAUGCUCAACAUAAUCUAAAUAUUGAAACGAUCAUUAUGAACUCUCAUUCUCUUACUCCAAAACGCUAUACAUAUUCAGAAAUUAAGAAAAUGACCAACUCAUUCGUGGAUAAACUAGGUCAAGGUGGAUUUGGAGGUGUAUACAAAGGGAAGUUACCGGAUGGCCGUCCUGUGGCAGUAAAAGUCCUGAAGAAUUCCAAAGGUGAUGGAGAAGAGUUUGUUAAUGAAGUUGUGAGUAUUAGUAGAACUUCCCACGUAAAUAUAGUUACCCUUUUGGGGUUUUGCUUUGAAAGGACUAAAAGAGCUUUGAUCUAUGAAUAUAUGCCAAAUGGAUCUCUAGACAAGUUCAUAUAUCGUCAGACCUCUCUUCAUGGAAACCAUAAUUUACAAUGGGAAAAAUUAUAUGAAAUUGCUGUCGGCAUUGGUAGAGGUCUUGAGUACUUGCAUAGAGGUUGUAACACUAGGAUUGUUCAUUUUGACAUAAAACCUCACAACAUUCUCUUAGACACAGAUUUCUGUCCAAAAAUAUCUGAUUUUGGUCUGGCAAAGCUAUGCAAGAGAGAAGAAAGUAUGGUUUCAAUGACAGGUGCAAGAGGGACAGCUGGGUAUAUAGCUCCAGAAGUAUUCUGCAAAACAUUUGGAGGUGUUUCUUACAAGUCUGAUGUGUAUAGUUACGGGAUGAUGGUUCUUGAAAUGGUUGGAGGAAAAAGAAACAUUGAUAUCGGAGAAUCUCGUAGUGAAAUAUUCCUUCCAGACUGUAUGUAUGAAUCAGAAGAGGUGUCUAGUCUCCAUGGUGUUAUAACAGAUGAAACAGAAGAGACGAUAAAAAAGAUGGUUACGGUGGGUUUGUGGUGUGUUCAAACCAAUCCAUUAGAUAGACCAUCAAUGACGAAGGUGGUGGAGAUGUUAGAAGGCAGUCUUCAAUUCCUGCAAACUCCACCAAAGCCUUUCCUGUAUUCUCAGACAACAUCACUGGAAACGAAACUCACCGUAUCGACCUCAGGAGCAUGUGCAUUGUCACAAAAGGAAAGUGAGCAUGGUUGCCAUUAGUUAAAGAAGCUUCAUAACAGGUACCCUAAUCAUGUUGUAAACCAUCACUUGAUUUCCAAUGAUUAAGUCAAUCAUUAUUGACUCUUGCUUAAAAUUUAAUAUGCUGGAAGUGUGGGCUUGAUCUGUCACUUUCUGGUCGACACUGAUCCAUGUAGAAAAGAAGAGAUUUUAACGUUUUCUGCAAAAAAUAUUUUCCAGAAUCCUUCAACAUGAUACUUUGGUUAUAUUUUUUUAUCAUUGUAAAGCUUGUUUGAUGUACUUGUGAUAGUAUAAUCUUAUGCCCCUCCGUGUAUCAAAUUGAGAGUCCAUAACAUUUACAUGUAUUUUGCUGUUAAUUACCCGAUGCUACUGUAGUGGUCAGCAAGUUCACAGAAAAUUCAAAUUCAAGUUUAUUUUCUUCAUCAUCUUUUUCUUACUGAUUCUUGACUUUGCAAAUUCAGAUCCCUGAUCCGUUGAAGCCUGAAUUGACUCUGUCGGCUUUUUGCACUUGGUUUUCAGUAAAUAGCAGCUUGGAGAUGGCCAUGUCCUUUAUAACCUCAAUGAUUUUGAAUUUUUUAUCUGAAUUUACUUUAUAAGCUUUCUUGGAUCAUGGAAACCAAUUGCAAAAAGCCAAGUGACUCUGCUGGCUUGCUUUUUACUCUUCUGGAGUCGUUACAAAAAUCAUCAAGGGAAAGUAGUACAACC